AUGAAAUUCACGAUUGUAUUCAUCGGGUUUUUAAGUGUAUCAAUGUCAUGGGCACUUAAACUAAAGAAAGCCGAAGAUCCAAAGGAUAAGAGGGAAGCUGCACUCGGGUAUGCAGGAGGUGGUCUGCCCGGCCAUAACUACCAGGCGCCCUCAUUCAGCCAAGAUGGUGCUAGCGCAAUCAGCAUUGGAGCAGGCUACAGUGUAGGAGGAGCUAAGCCUAGUUAUAGUUUUGGAAGUCAUGGUGCCAGCGCUGCCCUUCAGUAUCCAUCAGAAGGACUGCAGUCCAGUGGCCAUGCCACAUUGAAACUGCCCCCAAUCACAUUACAACCCAAUCAUGGACUUGCAGCUGGUGAUCUUUCGCAACUCAUGAGCCAGCUCUCUCAAAGCCUUACCUCUGGAGCUUAUAACUUGCAACCCACUGCUGGUGUAGAAUCAUAUGCUGGCCUUCAACAACUUGACCACGGUGGCCAGGAGGUUGCUAUUCCUCAGUACACUUACGCAUCACCAAGUCUUCAACAAUACAGUCUUCCUGAACAGCAAAUUUCAAGCGUACCUUCUUAUGCAGCUGGAACAAAAGGUCUCGGUUCUUAUGGCUCUACUGGACCUGUAUUAUUCACCCCAUCAGAUACCCAUGCCAGCUCUGCCGCUUUAAGCUAUCCUGCUGUCAGCUCUGGCCUUUCUUUCGGUGAUGCAUCUAGUGCAGGGUUAUCUUAUGGUGCUGCUCCCAGUGCUGGACAUUCCUUUGGUGGCGUUUCAGGACAAUCCUAUGGCGAAGGUUCUCUUUCACUUGGUAGUUCUGGACACUCCCUGGGUAGCCUUUCUCUUGGUGGAUCUGGACAGUCAUACAGUGGACCUUAUAAAAGUUUAAGCAGUGGUUAUGCUCUUCCGACAAAAACCUCAUUUAAACCAUCCACUUACAUAGGAUCUUCUUUACAAGGAGACUCCAGCCAUGGUUUAGCUAGCCUUGGAUCACACGGUGCUCCAUCAUUCGGUAGUUUAAGUGGAAGCGGUCACGGUUUGUCCCUUGGUUCCGGAGGUCACGGUGCAAGUUUCGGUGGUUCGUAUGGGGGUUUCGGUAGUGGUUCCACAAAAUUCCUUGCACCUUCUUACUCACCCACAAAAUCUGCCGGUUACGGAUCAUUAGAAUCUAUUGGUAGUUUUUCAUCUGGCAGUCACUCGGCUUCUCCAUCUGCUACGACUUAUGGGUUACCCUCAGGUUCCUUUGGACACUCUAACAAUGCUCACGCUGCUUCUUCUUCAAAGCCUCAAUACUAUGUACCAUCUUCGAAAUAUCAUAGCUUUGGCCAAGGAAGUUCAUCAUACAAAGCACCUUUGUCUAGCCAUAGCUCGCUGAGUUCUUAUUCCUUAGGACCUAAAUACGGAUUCGGCGGUCAUGGAUCCUCGAACCAUCGUUACGGUUCAGCUCAGGACGCAGAAGGAUCCUACAGUGAGAACACAUAUAACACAAUUAAAUACAGCGAAGAACUCAAGCCCCGCGCCCAAUAAACGAAACGAAUGAAUCAAAGUUGUAAGUGUGAGAGUUAUGUUACUGUAAAUAGGAAAGAAUGACGCUGAGUUUAUAAGCUGUGGUCUAGAUAGAGAUAGCAUAGGUGUGUUGUUGAGAAAGUACCUUUGUUGUUAUUUAUUUGCGUACGUUCUGCUAAUUACCUUUACGGCCACUCGGUUGGCCGCUAUUCCAAGAUUAUGUCGAGCACUCAUAGAAGUGCUUUCAUUUUGGCGCCUGGUGUAACUUAUUAACUAGUUGUUAUUUGCCGCAUACUUAAAACUGGUUUCGUUAUUAGUGAAAAGCGUAUUUUGUAUUACGACAAAUUAGAU